UCUCUACUCACAUUCAAUUUUUUUUAUGGAGAGGGAAGCUCUAUCUCGCUAAUGUUGGAGACUCACGCGCUAUUCUUGUUUCUCAUAAGGGUGAUGGUCCAUUUAAAAGGUUGCAUGUUAAGCAAAUGGCCAGAGAUCACAAUUGUGAAAACUCAGAUAUUCGAGAAGACCUCGCAAUAUUGCAUCCAAAUGAUGAUAGUAUUUGCACCUAUGAUUUUGGAAAAUGGCGUGUUAAAGGCUUAACAAGAUGCAUAGGAAAUGCGUACAUGAAGAAGGCAGAGUUCACUACAACGAGAUUUUCCCAAGCCCCACCAGGGGAGCAUGUGACUUCAAUUUUCACAAUUUAUACAAGAGUCUUAAAAGACACUGAUAAAUUCGUUAUAUUUGGAUAUAUAGUGGAUUCUGGAAAUUACUCAUGAAUGAGCAAGCUGCUAACAUCGUAAACAACAAUCCACGAGAGGUGUAUAUACAUAUAUGGAUUCUUUUGUUAUUUAUUUAUCAAUAUCUUUGAUUCUGAAUGCGGGAUUUUAAUGGAUUUAUAACAUAGAUUUUAAUGAAUUUUAAAGUACUUUAUGGAUU